ACACACACACACACACACACACACACACACACACACAAAUAAAUUUACACAUGCAUCCAAUAGACAAACAAUAACCCAAUUACGCGUUCCAAAACAUAACUUUGUCUUUGUAUUGUGGAGUGAUUAUUUGGGAACUGUGAAGCAUUAAUAUUUUCAUCCACAAAACUGUAACUCAUGAACUGAGCUCUCACUUACUGACCGCCUUUAUAUGUCGUUCAGCAUUGUUGUCAUUGAUAGGCAUUGGAACAUGAAAAUGUGUCGGAGGAACAUGAGCAAAAACUACUUCAUGUCUUUAAAGAUCGUUGUAUCAUAUCUACUCUCUGUGAGUUCAUUAUUGAUAAAACUGCCCGUAUAUCAUUCAAAAACAAAAAUGGGUUCUUAUGGAUGAAAAGGUGUAUGAUGUUAAGUUGAGAAUGCCAAUAUUUUUAUUUUAACAUUUUAGAUGGCAGUGCACCGACAAUUGACGGACAACUUCUUGACGUGCAGCAUCUGCAUGGACGUCUUUGAUGACCCCUGUACACUGAUACCCCGAAGUGCAUCCUAUGUGGUGAUGAAGGAGCGGCACCUCCAGCUACUGCUUGGUGUGCUGACUGUGACAUCAGUCUUUGUGAGGGAUGCCAGAAGGCUCACAGACGUAUUCCUGCCACUCGUCACCAUGACGUAUCUGACUUGUCCACAGAGGUCAAAAUCAACCAAAGACGCAAACCAUUCUGUAAGCAACAUCCAGAUCAAAGCAUGCAGUUCUACUGCAAAGAUUGUAAGAAACUGCAAUGUCAACUGGAAGUCAAAUGGACAUCUAUGAGAUGUACCUGUGGUGUGAGUCAGAGCAGUUUCCCACCGUAUACGACCCAGAUUCAGAUAUAAAAUAUGAACUGAGAGAGAAAGUAUGUUUUAUGCAUGAUUGUGAAGAUAUCUCUAACAAUAUACACGAGGUGAGCUUGGGUAAAAUUGAUACCAUAUAUGAAGAUGUGUUUGAUUCUACAUCGACAUCAGUUCUGCACGACACAGUGGACAUACAAACAGAAGAUGAGACAAGUUUACCUCAUGUUUAUGACGUGGCAGUGUUCAAUGAAGGCGGUACAGACCAUAGUUGUAACUGAUAAUAACAAGUGCGUCAAAUCCUUCUACACACGCAAUACUCAACCCUGUCAGAGUAAGCUCUCUGUUCAGAGCCCCCCUCGGCGGAUUGCAAAACUUAAUGCCCAUCACAUGGCCGUGACCCUUCCCGAGACAAGGGAGAUAAUAGUGAUUGAGGUGAACCCUGACCUUAUUCUCCAAUCAUACAUUUCAACGAGGAAGAAGUACUUUGGUCUGACGGCCAUGAAACCGACUACCCUGACAGCAGGAUCCGGGUCGCCUCCCUGUGUGGACAUCCUUUUGUUAAGCUGUGUCCCCCUUUGUAUUGACAUGUGCAUAAAAACUAUUGUAUUUA